AAGCCGCCGGAGAUAACUACUUCAAGAUCGCCAAAGUUAUGUUGCAUAAUUCUCUCGGACAAAAAUCUGCAUAAAUCAGUUUUGUUUUCUGAUAAAAACAAGAAGUUACUCCAGUUCUUUGGCAGCGGCACGUUGCAGUCCUCAAUGUCUCUGCGCACGAAAGUUGGAGCAUGGAAGGCUUUUUCUGGGACAAACUGCGAGCUUCUGGGACGCCUCGGACAGUCGCCACUUGAGGAGGACGUCCUUAGCAAUGUCGAGAAAUUUGUCGUCAAACUGUAUAAGGUUGAUUCCAGCAUCACAUGCUCAAACGAUGCCCGAUGUUAUUUAUUUGGAGCUGUAAGAAAUCCAGAAUUUCUCCCGCCGACAACUGAUGCACUUCGUUUCCAUAUUAAGCGAUGCAACUACCAGGUGUGUGUUUGGGAGAAUGCGCAUAUCCCCAAACCGUCACUACCUAGACUGCAGGACUGUGGCUGGAUUGUGCAGAGAGAACAAGUUGUUCCUCGUUUAAUAACACUGGAUCCCAUUCCUAAGACGUGCCCAGAAAUAGUUGUCUGUCAUUGCAAAGGACAUUUUAAUACAAAAAAUUGCAGUUGUAGAAAAGCCAAUGUCUCUUGCAUCAAACUGUGCACUCCCUGUAAACGUUCUUGCCUGAACUCUGGAGACACACAAUAA